GUCACGAGUAGGCGCCGUCGCCUCUGUACAGGCUCUCGGAAGGCCUGUUUUCCCCCAGAGUCGCUAUGAGCAAGCGGAACCAGGUGUCGUAUGUGCGGCCAGCCGAGCCGGCCUUCCUGGCCCGCUUCAAGGAACGGGUCGGCUACAAGGAAGGGCCCACCGUAGAAACCAAGAGAAUCCAGCCUCAGCUCCCAGAAGAAGAUGGUGAUCACAGUGACAAAGAAGAUGAACAACCCCAAGUGGUGGUUUUAAAAAAGGGAGAUCUGUCAGCUGAAGAAGUCAUGAAAAUUAAGGCAGAAAUAAAGGCUGCCAAAGCAGAUGAAGAGCCAGCUUCAGCUGAUGGAAGAAUUAUGUAUCGAAAACCAGUCAAGCGUUCCUCAGAUGAAAAAUAUUCGGGUUUAUCAGCAAGCUCAAAAAAGAAAAAGGCAAAAGAAGAAGAUGAAGUAAAUAAGCAGGACUCAGUUAAAAAGAACUCACAAAAGCAAAUCAAAAACAGUAGCCUCCUUUCUUUUGACAAUGAAGAUGAAAAUGAAUAAAUACAUAUUUUGGACUCCUUUAAGAAUAUAUGGGAUUUUAAAAAAAUAACAUCUUUUUUCCUAUUAUAAAGUAAUAUAAAUUCAUUGAAGAAAAUUUAGAAAAUUCAGAAAACAUUCAGCAAGAUAAAAACUGUAUCUAUCCAUCAAUACCCUUUUGACCUGAACUGCUAAUUCUCUAACAUUAACUACCACUAACAUUUUAUUUCCUGAUGUGGGAUGUGUGUGUAUGUAAAUUAUAUUUUUGUAACCAAAUUUUUGCUGUAUUCUGUAUGUUCUCUAUCCUGCUUCUCACUUGAUGUUGUAUCAUGAGCAUUUUUCCAGGUCAGUAAAAUUCAAAAUCCUGACACUUAUAGCUACAGAGGAUUUUGUAAUUAAACGGGUCCCAUGUUUGAUCUUCCUCUUCAGCAGAACCUCACUUUGGGUGAGGGAAAUUAUCAUGGGCCUAGUUACCAAUACUUCCCCAGCUCCUAAGAACAGCCUUGUGACAGCUCUGGUAAAGAGAUACAAGUAGAUCUUGAACAAGGAUCUAAUACAGGGGACCAUGAUACAAGUCAUCAUGUAUCACAUGAUGACUAUAGUUACAUGAUUUAAAAAAAAAAGAUACAAGUGGAAAUCUGCUUUCUGUGUAUCUGAUACAAGAGGACAGAUUUGGCAAGCAGUUGGUUGUCCUCUCUCCAUCCUGCCUGGAGCACAAACACACAACCAAGAAGUUCCAGAGCCAUUUGGGGGCAUGAAAAAGACAGCCACUUGUUCCAGCUGGUACACUGGACAGACUCCAGGAGCUUGGAUUGUGAUGACAUGCCUGGAGGACCUACUGUACCAGCCUUGGACUGACUGACUGAUCCAUGAGGAUAAACACCUUCAUAGUUGAACUUCAGUCAGGUUUCUGUGAUGUGCAGCCUGAUGAUCAGUGGUAGAAUGUCUGUGUAUAGAAACCUCCAAGUGUAUUUCUGACGAUUUCCUUAGAAUGAGUUGCUAGAAUCAGAAUUACUGGAUCAAAGUAUUUGAAUAUUUCUAAAGCUUUUGAUGCUUGCUUUCAAAUUGCUUUCUAAGUAGGUGUUACCAUUUUAUUCAUACCACCUACAAGAACCCACAUCACCUCAUCUCUGGUAACAGUGCACCACCAUUGGACUGGCACCUUUACAUUUUUGUCAAUUUGAUGUAUUGAAAAUGGUGUUUAACAGUUAUAUAUUUAACCAUCAUUUUCUUUGACCAGGAAAGCUAAACUGUUUUUCAUGUUACCUAAAAAUUUUCCUCAUUUACAGCAAGUCCACCACAACUGGAGACUUAUCAAGAUCCCAUUCUUCACCAGCCAGAAAUUAGGAAUUUCAGAGCUUCCAUGUUAAUAAUUUGGUGCUACAUCUGUCUGUCGGUCAUUUUAAGACCUAUUGUAAAGAGUCUUAAAAGUGAUUCAUGUGAGUGGGCUCGCGAGUCCUGAAAUAGGCUCUGUAAGUUACGCAGACUAGUCCCAAAGCCAUUCUGCAGUGCUAUCUUUAAUGUGUACCCAACUUGUUAUAUAAACCAGGGUUUUUCUAAUCUGUAUCAUUGCUAUAUCUAUUCUUGUACCAACACCCCACUGCUUUAAUUACUGUAAGUUUUAAUGUGUCUUAGGAUCUACAGGUGGGAGUCCUAAGGACAGCGACCUUGUCUUACCUAUCUCUGUAUCUUCAGUACCCAGAACAGUACCCAACAUGUUAAGAACAAAAUAAAUACAGUGAGAAUGA